AUGGCUGCUAGUGCCAAGGAGAAGAAGGCAACCCGAAUCACGACGGCUUGCAAUCCCUGCCGAUCUCGGAAGCAGAAGGCCUCAUUCCUCUCUGCCGGAUUUCUGACCGUGAGAAAAAGACCAGCAUGCGAACAAUGUCUCGAAUACAACCGGGCCUGUGCAUGGCCUGCGCAGUUGAAGCGGGGCCCUGCGAAAGGCUACAUCGAAGCUCUGGAGCACCGUCUCUAUGAAACAGAAACCGUCCUGCUGAAGAUCCUGCCGCACAUCUCCCAGAGCCAACUGGCCUCCAUCCUGUCCGAUAUGUCGUCCGGUUCGACCUCAGGCGAAGAGCGCGGAGGAGGUCGACCGGUGUACGCACCCAUCUCGCCGCUACGGAAGCGAGGCGUCGAGUACUGGAAAUCGUACCCGCUGAGCAGCGUCCAGAACAUCCGCAAAUGGGAGCAAGACUGCCACGCUCUACGAAGAGCGAGAUUGAAUAACGUCAGCCAAUAUGACGACUCAUCGUUAUCAUCUUCUGUCCCGUCGAAGCGUCUGAAACUGUCUGAAGAGACAGAGUCAUCAUCGUCGGAUCUGGGAGGGAAGAGGGGAGAAGUGGACAACACUUCUCCUUCCUUUGAUGGUCGAAGCCCGACGACGGAACCUCCUCCUCCUCCUCCUCCCCAUCAUCAUGACUCCGGAUUUAUCUCGCACUCGCAGGCCCACACGCACAGAUUAUUCAGAUCGCCGCCGCAGCAACAACAGCAGAUCAACGUCGAUGCGUUACACGUAUCUCCACCAGCAGAAGAAGACCUCUCAUCCGAGGAGCUCCACUCUACAUCAACAACGACAACAUACGGUCGACACACGCAGCAACAAGGUCGACCACUAUCAGAAGAAGAGCGGCCAUUGGACGCGACAGGCAGCUACUACGUCGUCGAUCACAACACGCUCUCGCAGCUGGCAUUUUUGAAAGGUGGUGGCGGCGGCAGCAGCAGCAGCGGUGGUGGCAGUGGUAGUAGUAGCUUUGCGCCCAGCGCGCCCCCUGCGCCUCAGGAAUUGAGCUCAUGGGAUGCAGCGCCGCCGAUAAAGUUUCAGCAGCAGUUUCUGUGGUAG